UCCAAGAGCCAAAGUUUUCUGAACUAUCUUGUUCAAUUAUGUGGAAAAUUUUAUUACAAUAUUUUAUUGUUUUUAUGUGUUAAGAUUAAUUUUACAUGUUCAGUUCAUAGUAAUAGAAAGUAUAAGUACUUAACAAUGAUAAUUAUGGAAAGUUGGAUUCAAUCGUUCCAAUUACUAUUUACAUAUUUUUAAGCUUUUCCUUUUAUGGUUAGGGUUUGUAAUUCGGACGGUACACUUAUUUUUCAACUUAUACUAUAAUAUAACACUAACAUAUUGUUUACAAUUUAUCACAAGGACUUACCAUGACAUCGAUUUUUUGUUUUAUUAUUGCCUUGUUAUGUUUCUCAACAACAGUAAUAUCAAGACAAAGUUUGAAAAGAAUGGAACCAUACGGACAAGUGAUAGCGUCAAAUGUGGUAUUUAGACAUGGCCAACGAACCAUUAUUGAACCCUACCCUACAGAUCCUUAUCGAAGCCCCAGUUACUGGCCUGAAGGUUUUGGACAACUUGUAGAUGAGGGAAAAAGACAAGAAUUCGCGCUAGGAAUCUGGCUGCGUAAACGCUAUCAAGGCCUGUUGAAUGCCGUCUAUAACCGAACCGAGAUUUUCAUUCAGAGUACCGACGUCGAUCGAACUCUGAUGAGUGCGGCCUCAGUGCUGGCCGGUCUCUAUCCACCGACAACUGGCCACAAGUGGAAUGAUCGCAUCGAUUGGCAACCUAUUCCUAUUCAUACAAUACCUGUCGAAAUGGACGAGGUCCUGGCUAUGAAGAAACCUUGCCCCAGAUAAGCCGAAUUCGAUAAAAUGCUUAAAUCUCCUCCAGUUACUGCGGAAUUCGCCAAAUAUUCCAAAAGUAUUGACUAUCUCACUCAUUUCAGUGGUGAAAAGGUCAAGACCUGGUUCCAACUGCAAGACCUGUAUGACACCAUGUUUAUUGAGGAACUAAAUAACUAUACAUUGCCAAAUUGGACAAGUGAAGUAUAUCCGACACCGCUGAAAUCAGCAGCUGCAUUUACUUUUCGUCUGGAUACUUUUACAGAAAAACUUACCAGGCUCAAGACAGGUCCUCUUAUGAAUGCAAUGAUAAACCAUUUCCGAAUAUACCUUCAAGGGAACAAUAAAAAUCACGAUGACAAAAAUAGUAGGAAGGUUUGGCUACUCUCUGCCCACGAUGAAACUGUAGCAAAUGUUCUAGAUACAUUGAAAGUAUUCGAAACUCAUAAUCCGCCUUAUACUGCUUGUGUGUUAAUUGAACUUCGCGAGAAAAAUAAUGAUUAUUUCGUAACGGUUACGUAUCGUAACUCGAGCUCGGAAGCCACUUUGCUAACGAUUCCAGGAUGCACCACACUCUGUCCAUUCAACCAGUUUGUUCAAAUCUUGAAACCGUUAAUCCCCUCCGACUGGGAAAGCGAGUGUCACGGAAAUAGAAUGUUCACUCUAUCUCAACAUUUGCUGCAGCAUUCUCUUGUGCUACCUUUGUUGCUGACCACUCUAAUCCUGGCACUUCUUCUUCUGACGUCGAUGCUCCUUUUUUGGCAGAGACACCACAGACCAUCUCACUUUUACAGGAAAUUGAAGACAGACAGCAUAUAAACGUUAAUUGAUGUCAGCUACUAUUUAUAGAGUGAGUGAAAAGUGUGAGAACUACUUCAUAAACAAAGGUGAAUAUUUGAGGAUCCUACGUAGAUUGAAAAUCCUAUUAAAAUAUUAACUUACAUUCAAAAUGAUGAAUCCAAGAUACCAAAUUGUUAGUCACAGAAAGUAGUAUUUUUAAUUCGAGUACAGUAAGAUCCUCAAUAAUUGCCACCGUUAGAAUUUUUUUUAACUGUUCUCAAACUCUUCACCCACCUGUAAAGAGUAUAAUGGCAUAGAGAAAAGAUAGCAUGAGAAGCUUUCCCAUGGUAUAGGUCUUUUUUGUUCCAAAGAUUACUGUUAACUCAAGCCGAUAGUCCUAAUGGUUUUUUCGUGAAGCUAUGUGACGCUGGUAGUCUCUCAUAAUGUGCCGUUCUUACACUCACCCGGCCAAAACAGUAAUAAUAGACAGUAGUCAACAGUGAUCGGCUUAGUUAACAAACAAUAUUGGCUUGAAAUCAGGAACAUAAACGACCUAUACCAUAGGAUAUCUUCUUAUGCUAUCGUUUCUCUAAGAUAACUGCUUAUAUACAAGGAAAGCAGAAACAGAACUUUACUGACAGUCAGUACUGUAAUUUGCCAAGUAGACUGGCAGGUUUGUUUUUACUGGCAGCCUGCAAUUAAUUACUUGCAUUUUUAUAGGAAAUUACCCCUUCAAACAGAAAAAGUAAGCGGUAAAUUGAAGAGGAAAGUACUGGCCGCAAUUAACUUGCUGUCUAAAUUUCUUAUUCAUAUGUCGCUUAUAUUAGUGUUGUCCUUUAGUUCCAAGGGCCCCAUUACACAAUCAUGUUUUUGAUCAUAUAUCAGAUCAUAGAAAUCUGAAUUUGAAAUCUGUUUUCAAAUGAAUGUCUUAGGGUCUGGACACACAGAGAGCGAUCUGCUACCAGAGCGGUCUCAGGAGGAUAUAAAUAUCUGUUUGUCCAGGCCCUUAAAACCGAUCUAAUAGAGAAUCAAAUCUUUGAUAAAACUUUGCCAAAUAUCUAUGAUUUGAAACAUUAUAAUAUAUGACUGUGUAAUUGGGCCCUAAUGGGGGUUUGUACUGUUCACCAGGCCAUGUGAAAUGUAUAGGGUACUUUGUCGUCUGGGUGCUUGCUUUGGUGCUUCACCCAGGUUGGAAUGUACUCGUAUUUUACAUUUGUAUUUCACAUUCACAGACGAAUUGUUUUAUUGUCUUAAAAUCACAUUCUAGAAAGUGCGAAGUUAACAGGAACUCUCUGAUAGUCAGCGACUGAUUUUAACUGGAGAGAUCUGACUUGGAAUUAUUAUGGUUUGUUGAAUUUACUUCCUAUGAAAUGGAAUGUGAGCUAUUCCGGCGGCCAAUCGAGCAAGAUUAUGUUGUGUAUUUUUUUAUCAACUCAUCGAUUUACAAUUAUUAAGGAACUUCACAUUCUUUGUGCAAAAACAUGACUGACACGUGUUUUGAAACCAAAACUUUCAAGAAAAUGACGUUGGAUUUACAUCACCUCUAAAUAUGGCUUGAAUAAUAUUAUUGUAUAUUCUUGCUGCCAAAAUUCAUUGCUUUCCUUUUUUAUAUCCACCUAUUUAGAGGGUUUUUCGUGUUUGUUUAUCAAAGUAAGAACUAAUAAGUAUCAUCUGUGUUUACAAUGACGUGUCUUGAUGGUCCAAGAAUUUUUUAGGUUUUUUGCCGUUAAUAUACUUACAUUCCGCCCCUACAAAAAUCGUUGCAUUUCUUAAUUGUUUACUAUAUUUGCAUUUUGAAAUCUAUUUUUAUAUGCUUCGAGCAUAUUUACUUGCGUUUUGUGAUAUUUGUGUUCAAGAACCUUAUUUCAAAGAAGUACUUAUUAAAUAGUAAUUCUGUGGCAUUUUGACUGAGUACUUGAUUCUUGGAAUAAUGAGAAUGUAUAUUUUUAACCAGAAUUUUUUAGAUUCGGUGAUCUCACACCUAGUACAAAAAUGAUUCAAUUUUGAUCUUUCUUAUAAGUUAAGUGUGUGUAAUAUAUAUUAUAUCACAAGACUGUAGACAAAUGUCUUCUAAUGCAUGUAUGUAUGGUAUGUACUAUGAUACUAUGAUGUUCUUAUUGAGUUAAUACAGACAUUUAAUCUAGUUGUCUUUGAAUUGUUUUGAGGUUGAUAUUUACAGAAUAUUAAUUGUUCAAUUCAUAAUUCUCUCUGCUCACACAUUUAAAUUAUUAUGAUAAUUAUGUAUGUUCUGAAAUCUACUUUUAUGUAUUUUGGAUUAUACUAGCUCAAAUGUAGCAAAUUUUUCAAUUAUCGAUAACUUAACUAUUGAUUCACUGGGCUAAGAAUGAGAUGAUUUUUUAUUAUUUUAAUAUUACCCAUUAGUUGGCAUUAGUUAGACAAUGAUGUCAUUUAUUUUUAAUAAGAAUUCAAUUUCAAAUAGGUCAUAGAUACAGUUAAGGGCCUAGAUAAUUUCUGUCAUUCACUAUUCACUGACUUACUUUUCAACCACAAGUACAAGAGGGUAUAUUUUUACCACUUAACAACAUUGUGUUUCGCUGCUAAAGCCGCCAUAUAAAACUAAGUAUAUGAGAUUGAAAACAUAUUUUGGAUAAUGGUUAACUAGUAGAUUAAUUAUUUUGUAAAAUAGGUAAUUUUAGUGAUUGGGUUUUAAAAUGCUUGAUUGUUACCUAUUAUUUUUUUAUUUUUGCGAUAUGUAUAUUAUUAAGUGAAUGAAUGAACUAUGUAAUGCGAUAAACAGUAUGAGUAAUUCAUAAUUCAUCAAUUAUUGUUUUUUAUUUUUACAAUAAGGUUCAAAAUAUAAUAUUAUGUCAUUGAGUAUUGUUUAGUAGCUUGACUAACAUCUCUAAUUUUCUUAUUGUUUUGUGAGUUUUUUGUGUGUGGAAUUGAAAUUUGGUUUUGUAGCAAAAAUGCUGUAUGGAGAACUCUUUGACUGAACUGAACAAAUCAAAAUUUAGUGCUUUUCACUUUUUUUAAAUUAUGAACUUAUUCAUUUGUGGGUAUAAAUAUUAAUUGUUAUUGAUAAAAUAUAAAUGUAUAUCAUUGAUGGUUAGUUUUUGGGACAAAUAUUUUGACAUUUUUUAUUGUAUUGAAUGUGUGAUAUUGAAUAAAGGAUACCAUUGCAUGUACAAGUUUUUCCCCUUGAAGCACAGAUUUGGCAAGAGAUAAAUAGUUUAAUAGUUUGAAAUAAUCAAUAUUUUCUUAAUGUUUCAUGUCGAGAAAAUAGCUUUAAAAUUCAGUAAUCAUCGUGUUUAUCAACAUUCACUUUGAAAUUAUUAGCUACCUAUUAUUAAAAGUUUAUAUAUUAGUUCUCUUUUAGGCCUACUUGAAAAAAUAUUUCAAGGGACAAGAAAAGAUUUCCGAAUUAUGUUUUAUGUCAUCUGAAAUUGAAAGUUAUACUUGUUUGAACAAUUAUUAUAGAAAUUACUAGUACUCUCUUAAUACUU